AUGCCACUUUCGAUUCUGAAACUAGGAAUUACCCGCAUAGACGUAGCAAUCAUCGAUGUGGACUCCCAAAAGGAAUGGAAUGGACCACAUCAUGUUGAAAUAGCUUCUAUGUUGGAGAACUCCAGUGUUUCGCCACAGAAUAAAGCCAGGCAAAUGACGGCAAAGAGUGAAAUGGGCUCAGCAUGGCUGAAUGCAAUACCAAAUACCAUGGUGGUAGUCGCCCAGUUCGCCACUCUGCAAUUAAUGACUCCAUUUGCUAUCGGAAUUUCAGCUCAGGAUGGUAAGCGUCCGGAUGGCUGCAAAUGUACCGUACCGUAG